UUGAUAUGUAACAUUACAGUUGUUAGAUUUUCUCUUACCCCAUUUUACAGAGCAGUGGUCAUCUAGAAGUAUUGGCUUUAGUAUUUGUGUGUCCUUGUUCCUAAGCCACCUUUUCAAAAAUGCACUUGACUGAAGACAGUUAAAGGGCAUGUUUGAUUUUGAACAUGAAUUUGUGAGAGGACGUCGUUAGAUUGCCCUAGGAAUUUAAGUAAACUGACUUCAAUCCCCUUCAAGAAGAAUAGUGGAACCUUUGAUGUGCUUUUAAGUUUCGACCAAUGUCUCAUCCCCACCCCAGUGCUUUUAAUGAAACACACAUUCAUAUGCAAACAGGACAUUUGAAAUAAUCAUCUAUAAUUACAGAAUAAUACGAUAUACAUGAUUGCAACACUCCCCACAAUUUAUGAAAUAAAUGUUGCACAGAUACACCUCAAGAGAACAAAAGACGAAUCACAUUCAUACAGAAAAAGAGCAUCUGAAGUGGUUGAAUUUAGGCGAGGCAUAUGCACAAUACAACUAUUCUGAUAACAAGUUUGAAAGCAAAAUUUACUUUCACACAAAGUACAACCUUAAAUACCAGGUCAAAAAACAAGCAGCAAAUGUGUGCAUGAAACAUAUGAAACCGUCCUGCAGUGAGUGUUUUGUUUUCACUAAAACACACAAAUGAUCACAAACAACACGACAGAAAAACAUUAGGAAGCAUUAUAAGCAACAGUAAUUGGCACACAUUCAAAAAUAAAUGACAUUCAAGGAAAAGAAUAUUUAGCGGAGUCUGAUGAUGAAAACCUGAUGAAAUGAUACAGUGUCUGUAUGAUUGGCAUCUGUUUGCAUGCUGUGAAGUGCCAUGAUUUGCAAUAUUAAUACUGAUUUGUUCUGAACCCAGAAUGAGUUAUGUUCCUGUUUAGGGUGGAAGAAAUGCACACACAUUAUGUCUGCAGUACAAAGCGAUAUUAUGCACACCCCUAUAAAAUAUUCAAAUGUGAUUACAGCUAAGAAUAUAAUAUUUACAUAAUUAAUAUAAGCACUUUCCCGCAUGUGUAGCAUUGCCAACAAUUCUUUUUGCACGGUUAAAAUAUGCAUAUGGACAAAAGUAGGAAUUAAUUGAAUAGUUCGCCCAAAAAUAUGCAAGGUUUUUCACAUAUGUAUUUGUGAGCCACAUAAAUUGGCUUCCUGAACAAAACUGAUCCAAAAUAAUAAUUUAACUCACAGUUAAUAAUGCAUUGCACUUCUGACUCGCAUUGCAAUUUAAAUAUUGUAUGACUUUGGAGAACUUAGAAUAUAGUGCAUGAGUCAAAUAUGGAUACAUUUUUUUUUUUUUUUUGACCGAUGUGGCCACAUUGAGCUAUUAUUGAAAGAGGGGCAUUGAAAAUUCUCCUUGAUUCUACAUACAGUACAAGUCUGGAUCAUCAUGAAGGUAGAGGUGGCACAUUCCAGGAAAUCGCAGCUGAGACGCAGCGUUUUCAAGCAUGAACCGGGCAUUUAACAGAAAAAAAGAUAAAUCAUGGAUGCACACUCCAGAAGCACUGGCCAAGCAUUUUAUAGCAUACAAUGCCAAGUUUCUGGGGCACACAGAAGUCGAUCAGCCCAAAGGUACAGAGGUGGUGAGAGAUGCCGUCAGAAAGCUCAAGUUUCAGAAACACAUUAAGAAGUCAGAGGGACAGAAGAUCCCAAAAGUGGAAUUACAGAUCUCCAUCUACGGCGUGAAAAUAUUAGAUCCUAAAUCAAAAGAAGUACAGCACAACUGUCAGUUGCACCGGAUAUCCUUCUGUGCAGAUGAUAAGACAGACAAAAGGAUAUUCACAUUCAUUUGUAAAGAUUCGGAAUCCAACAAACAUCUCUGCUAUGUGUUUGACAGUGAAAAAUGUGCAGAAGAGAUAACUUUGACCAUCGGCCAAGCGUUUGACUUGGCUUACAAGAAGUUUUUGGAGUCCGGGGGAAAAGACGUAGAGACGAGGAAACAGAUAGGUGGCUUACAGAAAAGAAUUCAAGAUCUUGAAGCUGAGAAUUCUGAGUUGAAGAAGCAGUUGCAAGUCUUGGAGGAACAGCUGAUGAUUGCUCAAGUUCCUCCUCUUCUUCACAUUAACUCUUCUAAUGAGGACUAUAUGCUUCAGAGACCCUCAUCUCUCUUCUGGUGUCACAACGUGACCUCGUUCUCUUGCCUCGAAAUCUCUUCUGUUACACUAACGCCAAUGAGCUCACCUGACUCUAACCUUUCUGCUGGUCUUCUGACUCCUCCACCUGCUAAACCGGCUUUGGCAAAGCCUCCCAGUGGAGCCAGUGUUCCUCGCCCUCCUGGAAACAGCAUGUCCUCGAAGACGCCCACUGACAUAUUUGACAUGGUUCCAUUUUCUCCAAUGACCCCAUUGGUUCCAUUACCAGCAAGCAAUGGCUCGGCCCCUCCACCCCCUGCAAGGCCUACAGAGAUGAGGAGAGACCUGUUUGGUGCAGAACCAUUUGACCCUUUUACCUGCGGGGCAGCUGACUUUCCUCCCGACAUCCAGUCCAAGCUGGAUGAGAUGCAGGAGGGGUUCAAAAUGGGACUAACAGUGGAGGGCACUGUCUUUUCCCUUGAUCCGCUAGAAGGUCGCUGCUGAUGCCAAGAAGAAAGUUUUGUCACUUUCAUGUUAAACCAUUUGUAUUAAAGUGCCAAACUCGGGUUUACAGUCAAGAUGUCAAAGUCUUACCUUACGUUUUUUAUGUAUUUGCAUUUUGAAUUUGGUUUACUAAAAGUAUAUUGAGAAAUCAGAAACAGUAGAAUCACUAUUUUUGUAAGAACUAAGAAAAAUAAAAACUAGAAAUGUAGUUUUAACACCCCUUGCUUGUACUGGUUAUGAAGGAUGUAGAUGUCCAAUUGCACAGUCUGUGGCAACGUUUCAUUUCUAUUAUCUAUUCCUAAUUCUUUAAGCUUGUGUUAUGCUAACAAGCUGCUGUUUUUAAUCUGUGGCAUAUUACAAUUCAUAAACGCAUACAAUGUUAUAAUUAUGUAGAGUUCCCUUGACAUAUAUUUUUUUUACUUUAUUUUUAACACUUAGUACAUUACCAUACAUAAUAAUCACAUUCCUUUUGUAUCCAAUCACAUGUAAAAUUAUGAUAUUGUUUUUGUUAAUAGCAAUGGCUCUAUUAAAAUACAUAUUUUUUAACUGAGCAGCAGCGCCAUGAAUGGCAGGACUGGACUGUUUCCACAUUAACAUAUACUCGUAUUGCAGUUUAAUUUUAUAUUAUAUAUUUUAGUAUACUCUUGCACAAGGAAGCACUUUGAAAGAGCUCUGUUCAUGUAUUAUUGUUAAUUCAGCCUUUGCUGUUGUAGUCAUUAAAAGAAAAUGGCACAUAUUCUCUGUUCUCUUGUGUAAGUUAUGUUUUGUAACAUGUUUUUCUUAGAUCUUUAUUUGCAUUAAAUAAGAGACAUUGUAUGAAAUAGUUUUUUUUUUUUUGCUUAACAAAUCUUCACCCACAUGCUGUACACUGUAAAGAAAUGGUAAGAUUAUAGUAAAAUUAUCAUUAUGUAUUUGAGUCCCAUUCAUUUACCUUUAAAUUUAAAGUGUCUUAAAUUUACUCUCUUAAUAUUAGUAUAAAAGCUGAAAAUGUUAGUUUUUCACGCUAUAAUUUGUCAUGAUGAUUGUUCAGAAUGUAAUUUGGCUCAAUCAUGUAAUCUGUGUACUGUUCAUAAGUUUUCUUUCUGAAGAGCACCACAUAUUGGUGUGUUACUUCAUACUUCUCACACCGUUGCUCUGGUAAGCUGCUCUUUCCCAUAAUUUGUAUGUUCGACAAAAGUGUUUUUUACGUUCAUUGUAGUGCUACACCAAGAUGCAUCAUAUUUCAAUAAGUGCAAUUAUUGCAGAAAGCCUGUCUGAGGAACUUACAAGGCAUAAUAAUAUAACAUUCAUUAAUUUUCUAUUCAGUAAUUUGUGUUAAUCCCAAAUACUGCUAAUAUAACGAGCAGUCCUCGCUAGGCAUUUACAGUUCUGAUCAUAUUUGACAUAUUUUUGUCAAAUAUUUUUAACAUACAGAAAAAUUACAAUAUUUUAACUUUUUUAUAUAAAAAAAUGUUAAACUAGUAUUUUCUGCCAUUCUUUACUAUUUGCAAAAAUAUUACUUAUGAAAAAAUUACAACAGCAACAACAUUCUAACAGGUUAUGACAAAAUUGCAGAAAUCACUCUAGCAACUUACAGAGGAUAUAAUGAAGCAAAGCAAUAUCUUACAACUUUAUUAAUUAAAAAUAUAUUUUCAUGCUUAAAAGAAACAAGCAUCUUAAAAAGUAAAGAAGAAAGAGGGAGAAAAUAUUGUUGAUUGAUUCAAUAAAAUGUUUAAAUGUUUAAUUUGCAAAGCAAAUACAUGAGAUUAGCUUCAAAUCCAUAUACCACAUGGCUUUAAAAAGUUCUAAAAAUGAGUAAAAUAAUAGAAGAAAAAGUGCAAGAAUUAUAGGUAUAACUGCAUGCUUUAGAAAAUGACAUUUUUCAAUACUGCAUCUAAUUUUAGCAUUUUACUACAUUGUGCCUUUUACCUUUACAAAAGCAUUUAAAGUCUAAAACUAAUGGGUUAAAAUUUCUGUUGCAUUGCACUUGUGAUAGAAGUACUUCGUUUUCAGUAGGCUAUGGGAAAGAGAAAUAAUAAUGCUCCUUUUAGCGAUGGAGAGAUGCAUUUAAUUUUAUUUGCAUUUCCUUAAACUGCAAAAAAAAAAA